AUGAAACUCUUCACGAACUCAGCAGCAAUCCCACUUGAGGUGGUUGCACUGGCAUUUCUCCUCAUAGCGACGAUCACAAGCCCAGUUGUGCCGAGUCUCUCACUAGCCGAGGACUCGAAGUACAAGUUUGGUGUGUUUGGAUACUGCAAAGUGGGCUCGAGUAGUUCAAGCUGCUCCAAAGUGUCCAUCAACUACGAGCCAUCAUCUCUCGAUGAUACAGAGUCUGACUGGACCAUGAGCUCCAGUGCCAGAGACAAGCUUGCGAAGAUCAUGAUAGUGGCCCCAGUGGCAGCAGGCUUGACGUUUUUCAGUAUCAUCAGCAACCUGGUUGGUGUUUUUUCGCGUUCCAGGGUCGGUUCCAGCACAUUUUACUGGUCUGUGGCUGCUUUCCUCGCGUUUCUCGUGUUUGCCGCAUCCGCGUUGAUCUGCAUUGUGUCUUUCUUGCUCUACUACCCACACGUCAAGUGGCCAUGUUGGAUUCUCAUCCCGGCGGCAUUCUUUAACCUUUUGGCACUAGUUUUCAUCGCUCUCGCAGCCAAGUUUGUGCCUGCAGCAAACGAGGAUGACUACGGAGAGCCGGAAGAUGACGAGGAUGAGGCAGCACUCGUCAAAGGUAACGAUUUCGGCUGGUCUAACGGCUCAUCCGACAACUUGGACUCCAACAACGAUUUUAAGGUGAUGGCACAGGAAACGAAAAGCAAUGUCAUCCCUGCACCAGCAGCAGCAACAUCAAACGCCGCCUCCGGAUUCUAUGCACCGGCUCAGCCGGUCACCCGUGCACCAUACGGCCAGACCACUGCGGCAUCGUCGCAGUACGGCCGGUCGAUCGUCCAGCCGAUCGUCCAGCAGCCUUUGCAGCGGCCUUAUGCGGGCAGCGCAUACACAGGAGCAAAUGGCUCACGCGAAACCGACAUCUCUACACCGGUUACUGCAGCCACGGCUGUGCAGUCGCAGGGCAGAAAGCCGGAGGACACGCUCAGCUUCGUUCCGCAGUACGACGCGUCGAAGACACGGACGAUGACGUCAUCUGCCGAGCAGACGUCGCUAAUGGACGAUCGCAGCCAGCAGGUGGCUCCGCACGAUUUUACGUACAUGCACUCUCAUCCAAAUGCAUCUUCGGAUGCUGCCGACAACACUGCCGGCUCCCAGCAGGGCUUGAAGCUCCCUCAGGUGUAUUUGGAUGAUGAGGAUGACGACCGGGCUGAGGAUGAGGGUGAUGGGGAGGCAGAGGAGGCAAAUGGGCCAGUUGCAGGUGCUGAAAAGGCUGGAAAUGAGCCUGCAGAGCCAGAUAACAGCUUCAGGCUCAACGAUGACCGGCUCUCCAGAGAGGAAAGCGGAGAUUUCGGCCGUGAGAGAGCUCCUUCGGAGACAGGCAGCAGCCAAUCAGCGUUCACGAGCAUUUCUCAGCGUGGCGUGAACCCUAUGUACUACAGAGGGGCCCAGCAGAAGGCAAACGUGCAGCCAAUGCACUACCAGCAGCAGCCUCAGCACGCCCAGCACUAUGCGGCAUCGGCCCACUCGCAGACCUCCUAUGGAUACGAAAAUCCAGAUGCCAUGGCCCAGAGGUACCCCAUGAGCUCCCCGUACUAUCCGGUGAAUGUCAACCCGCAGAAUUUCGAUUCUUACAGGCAGCAGCAGAGUGCACCUAUGCCUCCUGCCCACCAAUACUACAGACGGCCCCAGGCCAACUCUGCUCCACACUCGAGGUCCGAGAUGAUCUUGAAUAACAACCCAGACCUCCAGCUUGCGGGAAUGAGGAAGUCUGGUGUACGGAAGUACGGUCUGGCCCACCUGAACCAGCAGAUGUAUCCCCAGCAGCAGCCACAGCAGAGAACACAGCCUUGGCAACACCAGCAGCAGCAGCAGCAGUACCCACAGCAACACCAGCAGCAGUCCAAGAACGGUUUCCCUACACCAUCUGCUAUGGGCGAUAGUCCUUACGCGAGAAUUUGA